CAUGACGUCACAAAACGCUCCAUCUGAACCAAAUAAAUAUUUCAUCUGAACUGUAGCUACUCACCCUACCAGAACUACAUUCAGACAGCUGUAACGAAACCUUGGAGUUCAAGAAAAAUAGACCAAAUAUCUCAAAAAACAAAUAUGUUGCCCACGCCGCCGAAGAGAGCAGGUCCUACUCCCUUAAACGACACUAUGGACAAGACAAAACGAAUUUCAAUAGAAGGUAACAUUGGUAAGUAACGCUAGUUUAAAAUUGUCAUCACUUUGGAUGUAGGAUUGCUAAAAGUAAUACAAUUUAUAUACUGUUCCUAGCUAGCUCGUAACUGUAAAACGUUUAGCUAUAGAGCGUGCCAUGUAGCUAGCGUUGAUUAAAUAAAAUAAUGUAGCUAGCUGAGGCGCGUGCCCCCAAUUUGACAGUGCGCGUGGGAUAUGACAGAAAUUAGUUUAAUGUCACGCACCAAGGCUUCCGUGUUAUUCUAGUGAGAGUUGGCAGUCGCAAUACUGUAGUUAUUUUCAACUGUAAUGUCUGCAAAGAUUGUAAAUAGAUAUUGAAAUGGUUGAACUUCAAAUUGUAUAGCAGUCGGGGUUAUUGUGGAAAUGGAAACUGACUUCAGUAUCGUUUCCGCAGCUGCGGGCAAAUCUACAUUUGUGCGCCUUCUGGAAGCACAGAGCAAAGACUGGGAGGUAGUGCCCGAACCCGUCGCCAGGUGGUGCAAUGUACAAACACAACAAAGCGAGUUUGAGGUACAGUAUGCAUAUCUGACAGAACUUUCAUCCAUCCCUCAAAUGUGUCUAUCCCUCAAAUGUGUCUGACCUGUGAUUAAUGAACACACACAGAUACAGUAUACAUACUAACCCAUGCAAAAAGUUCAAGAGUUCAACUUCAGAUGCUAAGAUUGGCCAUUUCUUACAUGACUCAUGCCUACAUGUUUGGCUCAGUGCUGAAUCUUUAUGACGUAUAGAUAAGUGAAGAGAGAGUAUUAGCUAUCCGCUCCCUCCCUAGUGGUUUAAAGGUCUCAUAUCCAGUUCUGCCUUACUGUAAACUCCAUGAGAUUACAGUAGGCCUACUUAAAGCUGUAUCACAAGACCCACCUUGACUUUCCAGCAGCAUUGCUAACACCAGGAACUGAUCUGAAAUGAGAUUAGGAUUGCGUCCCAUAUGGCACCCUAUUCCCUAUGUAGUGAACUAGUUUUGACCAGGGCCCAUAGGGCUCUAGUAGUAAGUAGUGCACUAUUUAGGGCAUAGGGUGCCAUUUUGAGUGUAGCCUAGAUAACAUUAAUCCCUGGAGGAAUGAACGGAUGGUGAUGCUUCGCCAGUGAAACCAGUCAGAGAGGAACCCUGAAUGUUGUCAUAAUGGGACAGCUGCUAGUAAGGAUCUAGUCAGGGUGUACGGCAGGGGUAUGCAACCCUGUUCCUGGAGUGCCGCAGGUACAGCAGGAUAUUGUUCUAACUAGGCUAAUUGAUCAGUUCAGUGAUUGCUUAAAUUCAACAAUUCUGGUCUUCCAGGUCAGUUAAAUAAGUGCCUGCGUCACUCCAGAACCAGGGUUGCCUACCCCUGGUGUACGGACAGAUAUAUAAAAUGUAAAUGUUGUGUAGAUACAUAUUUUUCUGUGUGUGUGAUAGCUGUGUGUGUCAUGAUAGACAGUUUACAUUUCCAUCUCACAUUUGCCCGCCCGGCCUAAGAUCUCAAGAGAGACAUCUGAGUAUGACAGUGUGCAUUGAGAGUGAGUGUGUGUGUGUGUGUGUUUGGGUUGAGGGUAUCCAGAUGUUAAUACCUUCAUACCGUUCCUGUAUCAUACCAGGGUAUACAGUAUUACCGGCAGUGCAUACAAUGGGCGCUACUUCUUUCCAAACGUAUUUAUUUCUUUUUGACAGUAUUGAAAAUCAUACCGUGGGCAGAUUCUCUGCUGUAACCAAGAAGCGUGAUCUUGCAAGCUAGCCACAUAUCUAGCAAGUUAGCAAACCAAAUGCAUAGCUGGAGUCCUGAGCUGGAGAUCAUUUAUUUGUCACAUCGUAGAUAGUUAAAGUGGUAAUAUGUAACUUUUUGGGCGAUCUGACCAAAUUCACAUAGAAAUGUGAGUUAUAGACUUAUUAUUCUCAUUGAAAGCAAGUCUAAGAAGCGGUAGAUAUGUUCUAUGUGCACUAUUUCUAUACUCCCAGUUCUUAAGUUUUGUUUGUGCAUCUUUUACUUUUGGGUUUGUACACCAGCUUCAAACAGCUGAAACAACAAUAUUUUUGGUUAUGGAAAAUAUAUUAACAUUUUAGUCAUUUAGCUCUUAUCCAGAGCGACUUACAGGAGCAAUUAGGGUUAAGUGCCUUGCUCAAGGGCACAUCGACAGAUUUUUCACCUAGUCGGCUCGGGGAUUAGAACCAGCAACCUUUCGGUUACUGGCACAACGCUCUUAACCACUAAGCUACCUGCCGCCGUUUCUCAGCGGUUUGGAUGGUACAAUGAUUCCUCUACACUAUACUAUCUUAUUUUGUCACAUAAACUGAAAUUAGGUGAACUAUUAGAGUUUUAGCAACCAGGAAAUGGCGGAGCUAUUUCUGCAUAGUGUAACUUUAACUUAUAGUUAGUUAUAGCAGUAGCAUAGCACGCAAUCCCGCAGCCACGUGUAUAUAUAUAUAUUUUUAACGGUAUUCAAAAUACCCCUGUAUACGGUAUGUACAGUAUACUGCCCAAGUCUAGUGUGUGUUUGUACACAGUAUGUGCUGUGUUUAGAAUAAUAAAGCAGCUGCCAUCUGUCCCACUGCACUGGUCAGUGUCUGUUAGAUUAGACACCCAGGGGGAUAGAUGGCCCCCACCAUGAACAGCUGAGUAUGGAGACGGGGCAGGGCACCACUACUGACCACCGGUACACCCUGGCUGCCCCACCCACCAUACAUCAUCACCCCACCACAAUCUUCAGUUCAAUCAUGUCAAAUAUGUCUGUCUGACUCUCUUCUCUGUCCCACUCUUUCAGUUCCUCAGUCUACAUAGUCAGCUGGUUUUGUCCACUGUAUUUUAAGAACGUCUCAUAUCAAGAUGUGUUCUGACAUUACCGUUACACCACAUGGUGAAUAAGUACUAUGCCCAUCCCCAACACUCUCCCACCACCGUUAGAAUCAGACAGGCUCUCUAUGUAGGCUACCUUGGGAUGUUUUCAUUGAGAAAUGCCAGUGGUGUAAAGUACUUAAGUAAAAAUACUUUAAAGUACUACUUAAGUAGUUUUUUGGGGGGUAUGUGUACUUUACUAUUUAUAUUUCUGACAACUUUUACUUUUACUUCACAACAUUCCUAAUUAAAAUGAUGUACUUUUUACUACAUACAUUUUCUCUGACACCCAAAAGUACUCGUUACAUUUUGAAUGCUUAGCAGGACAGGAAAAUGCUCCAAUUCAUGCACUUAUCAACAGAACAUCCCUGGUCAUCCCUACUGCCUCUGAUCUGGUGGACUCGCUAAACACACAUGCUUCGUUUGUAAAUGAUGUCUGAGUGUUGGAGUGUGCCCCUGGCUAUCCGUAAAUAAAAAAAAACAAGAAAAUGGUGCCGUCUGGUUUGCUUAAUAUAAGGAGUUUGAAAUUAUUUAUACUUUUACUUUUGAUUUAGUAUAUUUUAGCAAUUAUAUUUAAUUUUGAUACUUAAGUAAAUUUAAAACCAAAUACUUUUAGACUUUUACUCAAUUAGUAUUUUACUGGGUGACUUUCACUUGAGUCAUUUUCCAUUAAGCUAUCUUUACUUUAACUCAAGUAUGACAAUUGGGUACUUUUUCCACCAUUGGAAAUUGCUACUUCAUUUCUACACUGACCACACCCAUGACUAAAUUGAAGAGUGGUUUUGAAUGAUGAGUUAUGUGUGCAGUGACUGAUUCCCGAACUGGAAACACAUUCCGUAACCUGUGGUCAGAUUGGACCACCUAACCAACCACACACACACACACACACACACACACACACAGAGCCUGGCACCACUCUCACUCUCUCUGUUUACCCAGUAGUGGUUAGCCUACAGCCCGAUACUACAGAAUAUACACACACAAACACAAACAUUCUUCGACACACACAAUACAAUAUAACGUUUUAUUCUUCCGGCUGUGAUUACUCUUUGAUUAUAACUGUAUUGCUGUGGUAUUUCUGUGGUGGUAUUAUUUGGUGUGCAAGGGUAUACAGUACAUGUAAUGGUACUGUAUCUCUCUUAGCCUCAGUAUUAAACCCACCCUCUCCUCUUUGUCCCCAGGAGCUGACCGCGUCCCAGAAGAGUGGUGGCAACGUGCUGCAGAUGAUGUAUGAGAAGCCAGAGAGGUGGGCCUACACCUUCCAGACCUACGCUUGCAUGAGCAGGGUCCGCGCCCAGAUGAAACCCACCAAUGGGAAGCUCAGAGAGGCAGAGAACCCCGUGCAGUUCUUCGAGCGGUCCGUCUACAGUGACAGGUAUGGACGAACCGGAAAUCUCACCAGGGGAGUCAACCUUGGUACAUGUCGUCUUUGAUUGGAUACCAAGGAUAGGGUCUAAGAUAUGAUACCAAUGAUAGGGUUUAGAGUUCUAUUUCCAAGGCAAGAGUUCUCUUAACUUAGGAUCUGUACAGCUUCCAUAGAAAGUGAACAUUGCUUCAAAGCACCCCCCUCUCAUCUGUCCUUUGUUGUUGUUGUGUCUGUUUCCAGGUACAUCUUUGUUGUUGUUGUCUGUGUCCAGGAACAUCUUUGUUGUUGUCUGUGUCCAGGAACAUCUUUGUUGUUGUGACUGUGUCCAGGAACAUCUUUGUUGUUGUGACUGUGUCCAGGAACAUCUUUGUUGUUGUGACUGUGUCUAGGAACAUCUUUGUUGUUGUGUCUGUGUCCAGGAACAUCUUUGUUGUUGUUGUGUCUGUGUCCAGGAACAUCUUUGUUGUUGUUGUGUCUGUGUCCAGGAACAUCUUUGUUGUUGUUGUGUCUGUGUCCAGGUACAUCUUUGUUGUUGUUGUGUCGGUUUCAUUUCAGUCAUUUUAGCAUUUCAGUCAUUUAGCUGACGCUCUUAUCCAGAGUGACUUACGGUAGUGAGUGCAUACAUUUUCUUACCUUUUUUCAUACUGGUUCCCCAUGGGAAUCGAACUAACAACCCUGGCGUUGCAAGCGCCGUGCUCUACGGGACAUCAGGUACAUCUUUGUUGUUGUUGUGUCUGUGUCCAGGAACAUCUUUGUUGUUGUGUCUGUGUCCAGGUACAUCUUUGUUGUUGUUGUGUCUGUGUCCAGGUACAUCUUUGUUGUUGUUGUGUCGGUUUCAUUUCAGUCAUUUUAGCAUUUCAGUCAUUUAGCUGACGCUCUUAUCCAGAGUGACUUACAGUAGUGAGUGCAUACAUUUUCUUACCUUUUUUCAUACUGGUCCCCCAUGGGAAGCGAACUAACAACCCUGGCGUUGCAAGCGCCAUGCUCUACGGGACAUCAGGUACAUCUUUGUUGUUGUUGUGUCUGUUUCCAGGUACAUCUUUGCGGCGAACCUGUAUGAGAGUGAGUGUCUGAACGAGACAGAGUGGUCCAUCUACCAGGACUGGCACGGCUGGCUCCACAAACAGUUUGGAAAACACAUCGAGCUGGACGGCAUCAUCUACCUCCGAGCCGCACCAGAGGUCAGCAACUAACUUAACCUCGGUACAUGUUCAUCAGGAACUUACCGUACAAAACAUUUAAAUUACAUUGUAGUAGAUUAUAUAAUGUAGCCUAUUGUUUUUUUACGUACUGCUAUACACCUCGUGCUAAAAAGAAAGAAAAAAACAAAAUUACAUUAAGGUACACUUCUCUUGUGUGUGUGUGUAGAGAUGCAUGGAGAGGCUGCAUCUGAGAGGCAGAGAGGAGGAGCAGAGCAUUCCACUGGAGUACCUUGAGAAACUCCACUUCAAACACGAGAGCUGGCUGCAGCACAAAACCAUGUGGUGAGAGGGAGGGAGGGAGGGAGUGUUGGUAGUAUUGUGAGGGAAUGAGUGUUGGUGGUAUUGUGAGGGAUUAAGGGAGUGUUGGUGGUAUUGUGAGGAAGGGAGUGUUGGUGGUAUUGUGAGGGAGGAAGGGAGUGUUGGUGGUAUUGUGAGGGAGUAAGGGAGUGUUGGUGGUAUUGUGAGGAAGGGAGUGUUGGUGGUAUUGUGAGGAAGGGAGUGUUGGUGGUAUUGGGAGGAAGGGAGUGUUGGUGGUAUUGUGAGGGAGGAAGGGAGUGUUGGUGGUAUUGUGAGGGAGAAGGGGAGUGUUGUUGGUAUUGUGAGGGAGUGAGUGUUGGUGGUAUUGUGAGGGAAGAAGGGAGUGUUGGUGGUAUUGUGAGGGAGGAGGGGAGUGUUGGUGGUAUUGUGAGGGAGGAAGGAAGUGUUGAUGGUAUUGUGAGGGAGGAAGGGAGUGUUGGUGGUAUUGUGAGGGAGGAAGGAAGGUGUAUUGGUGUUGGUGGUAUUGUGAGGGAGGAAGGAAGGGAGUGUUACGGAAGGGAGUGGGUUGAGGCAGGGACGUGUGUCUGUGUAUAUAGGAGCAUUAAAUAAAAAGCAAACUUUUACAUUUUAAGCUACUUACGUGUUGUAUAGAUGGAUGUAACCUCGUCUCCAGGCUAUUGCGCACAUCACAUGUAAGCCUGAGAUAUCAACCACUCAACGUUGGCCUUAGUGGGAGUGACCAUAAAAUUCAAUGGAGUGACCUACUGAGUAAAGUAUAUGUCAUCAUUUAAUUUUAGCGAAUCACACGACUGCGAGUCAUGGCUCUGUGCUUGUGGUGUGUUGCGUACGGGGGAGGGUUAGGGGGAAGGUGAUGUGGGAGAUGAUUGGUUGGUAGAUUAAACCAAUUAAUCUCUCUGUAUUGGCUAACAAAGGCCAAGUUUGACGUGUUGGUCCACCAGACUCUUCAUCAUUUGGGUGGAAGUGUCUGGGAACGAGAUUAAGAUGGAUGAGACAGGAAACAGGCUUGUUUCUAAGGUAUAUUGUGAGAUGUGAAUUUCCUUACAAAGAUGGAUGUCUUCCCUUACAAAGCCAUUUCUGCUUAAACCCUGGAUCCGCAGUUGCUUUUUACAACAGAAACCGCCCCACUGCUUAUGUUGUGAGGGAGAAAAAAUAAGAGUUUGAACGAAAGCAUGGGGGUUUGGCCCAGCCAUAGCCGCUGGGCUGGCCUUGGGGAAAGGUGUGUCUUUGCACUUAAGUCCCGCCCAUACGAACAAACAUUAUUACUCUCUCUGGGAGCCAGUGGAGUGAGAGGAAGCGUCUCUAGCUACUACUGCCGCCAGACUUGAACUCAACAGACACAGCCAACACACACUGACAAGUGACAAAGUCAAAAAUAAAUGGCCAACGUUCUCCUGUUCAGGUCAGUGUUGACAUUGUUGCCUUUAUAAACAAGUUAGCCUGCUAGCUACUUGCUAUCUAACUUUAGCAGCUAACCUUUGUGUGUUCGACAAUGUAGCAAUAAGCAAAAGUUAGCUAGCUAGCUUGCGUCUUGUAUUCGGAUUGUUUUGAAUGUACUAAUAAGGAGUCUACUCUAGCUAGCUACAUCGUCUAAAAUGCAUGAACCUCACAAGAUGCCCUAAUGCUUUGUUUCAGCUAACAUUAGCUAGCUAGCUAAAGCUAGAUGUCCAGAUUGUUGACAUGACAGUAUGUAUGGUUUGUUGAUGAUAAUGCUUGCUAGCAAGGUGGUUGGCAGAAUUUUUGCCUAUUGGGGGGUAUUCCAGAAAGAUGGUCCCUGAACAUAUCUGGCUUCUCUUAACCAGAUGAGUGAGUCUGGGAUUUCUUAGUUCCAGAACGGCUGCUUCUCGAAGCGAAGCGCAGAUUGGUUGAUCCAACAACUGGCGCGUGCACACAACAUUCAAAAAGGUCCUCAUGUCGAUGACAGAAAAAAUUAUAGAUAUGGAGUCAAAAUACCGUUUUUUUUUUUUUAAGACAGAGCCCAGUAUUUCACAAGUCUAGAACAAGAAACAAUUGUAACAUAUUUAUCAAAAACAGUAAUACAGCCGCUGCUGCAAAAGCAAGAGAGGGACCCUGGCAGAAAAGUUAACAGGCCUAGCUUACACACAUUUAACAUUUGUUUAUUUGUUUAGUUUAGUCAUUUAGCAGACUCUUCUACAGUAGUGAGUGGAUACAUUUUCACUUUUUUUCUGUACACAUGGGUGAUUAGUAAUAAUGCUUUCACUUUAUAGAGCACUUUUAUUGCAAUGCUGGUGAUAUUACAUUUCAAGGCUAUAGCCUAAUAUGUAAGUAGUAGUAACAUAUGUCACAAUUGCAAUGGUAGGCCCAUUCCAUGGCCUAUGUAGGAUGAAUAAUCAUGUGUUGAAUUCAUAGAGUGCUUAUCAUGACAACACAGGCAACAAUGUGUUCUAUGUACUCCUGAGUGGCGCAGUGGUCUAAGGCAACUAACUGUGCCACUAGAGAUCCUGGUUCGAAUCCAGGCUCUGUCGCAGCCGGCCGCGACCGGGAGACUCAUGGGCGGCGCACAAUUGGCCCAGGGUAGGGGAGGGAAUGGCCGGCAGGGAUGUAGCUCAGUUGAUAGAGCAUGGCGUUUGCAACGCCAGGGUUGUGGGUUCGAUUCCCACAGUAUAAUAAAAAAAAUUGUAUUCACUAACUGUAAGUCGCUCUGGAUAAGAGCGUCUGCUAAAUAACUAAAAUGUAAAUGUUUAGUUGUAGCCCCAUAGGAACAAAAAUAACCUCGCAGCAGAUCAAAACUAAAAACAAGAACGUCAUACAAAUAGGUAAGGGCAUUAAAUUAUUAGUUAGGGAUAUUUCAUGAUAAUCAGAUGGCUCCUUGCCCUGAAAAUAGCCUCUGGGCCAGGAUAAACUGUAACCCAUGGUCUCCCCUGGCCCACAGGCUACUGGUAAGGAAACACCUGACUAUCACAUAAAAUCAUGUACCUUGCCAUUUAAAGUCAUCACAUUUCUUUGAUUUAUCUAAAUGCCAAUUUGUCUGAUUAUAUGAUUUGUUGCACUGUAUUCAUUCAGCCAACAGGAAAAAAAACUAAACAGAAGAAGACGAGGGGUAUUACUAUUUUGGGUAAACGUGAACAUAUUCGUUGUAUGUUACAAUUGUUUCUUGUUCUAGACUUGUUCUAGACUUUUUUCUGUCAUCGACUUGAGGACCUUUUUGAAUGUUGCAUUCACGCGCCAGUCGGAUCAACCAAUCUACGCUUUGCAGCCGUUCUGGAACCAAGAAAUCCUGGGCUCCCUCAUCUGGUUAAGAGAUGCCGGAUAUGUUCAGGGAAUCCUGAAUUUGUUAAACCAGCUUUCUGGAACACCUCCCCAUGAGGCGAAAAUGCUGCCAACCACCUAUCUAGGUAGCAUUAUCAUCAACAAACCAUACACUGUCAUGUCAACAAUCUGCACAUCUAGCUUUAGAUAGCUAGCUAACAUUAGCUGAAACAAAGCAUUAGGGCAUCUUGUGAGGUUCAUGCAUUUUACACGAUGUAGCUAGCUAGAGUAGACUCCUUAUUAGUACGUUCGAAACAAUCCGAAUACAAGACGCAAGCUAGCUAGCUAGCUAACUUUUACUUAUAGCUACAUUGUCGAACACACAAAGGUUAGCAGCUAAAGUUAGAUAGCAAGUAGCUAGCAGGCUAACUUGUUUAUAAAGGCAACAAUGUCAACACUGACCUGAACAGGAGAACGUUGGCCAUUUAUUUUUGACUUUGUCACUUGUCAGUGUGUGUUGGCUGUGUCUGUUGAGUUCAAGUCUGGCGGCAGUAGUAGUAGCUAGAGAUGCUUCCUCUCACUCCACUGGCUCCCAGAGAGAGGCACAAUGAAGGUCAUUAGAGUGGGCGGGAUUUAGCGCAGAAAUGCACCUUUCCCCAAGGCCAGUCCGGGGGCUAUGGCUGGACAAAACCCCCAUGUUUUCGUUCAAACAAAAAAAGGAUCUCUCACAACACAAGCAGUGGGAAGGCUUCUGUGGGGAAAAGAAACUGCAGAUCAGGGCUUGGAUCCGCAGUUGCUUUUCACAACAGAAGCCGAACCACUGCUUUUGUUGUGAGAGUGAAGAAAUAGAGUAGGGCUGGGCCAAACCCCCAUGUUUUUCGAUCAAACUCUAUUUUUUCUCUCUCACAACACAAACAGUGGGGCGGCUUCUGUUGUGAAAAGCAACUGCAGAUCCGGGCUUUAAAGGAAAUAACCUUUUAAAUAACAAGGAAACAACCAGGAAAAAGUCUGACCUGAGAAAAAAAAAGUAGUUUAUUGCAUAAAGCACUGUGUGUGUGUCUUGCGUUGUCUUUAACUGUAUGUCCCAUUCCCUCUUGGUCCUGACCCACAGCAUGGAGUAUAAGUAUCUGAACGACGUGCCCAUUCUGACGCUAGAUGUUAACGAAAAUUUCAAAGGGGACAAGGUCAAGGGUGCCGACAUGGUGGAAAAGGUAAGAAUACAUAUCCAGCCCUUUUUUUUUUUUUUUUUUUUAUAGAAAUUGCUAUUUCUUUUCAAUGCAACAGUGUCUUUCAGAAGUAGCUAGAUGUGACUAUAUUUAGCUGGUAUUUGUGUUAAGAAAACAUGCUGUUUGGAGGGCAGUAGUGAAAAACAUCCUGUUAUCACUGACUACAGUCAAAUUAUUAGUAGAGGGAUGUUGAAAAAGACACGUACACACACAUACACAAACAUACACACACAUACACAAACAUACACACACACAAACAUACAUACACAAACAUACACACACACAAAUAUACACACACAUAUACACACACACAUACACACACACAUACACACACACAUACACACACACAUACACAAACAUACACACACACAAACAUAUACACAAACAUACACACACACACACGUUUCACUUAUGGAAAUGAGGCCUGAAGAGCUGCUAAUGUAGCCGUUUCAUGUUGAGGGUAAACACAGAUGCUAUGACUGAUUUCAAAAAAGCCAUUAGUAAAACACACACACACACACACACACACACACACACAUUGUGGUGAAUUAUUCCUGCACUUCUUGUCCAGUUGCAGUACUGUCAUCCUCUCGCACGUCCAAGCUUUGCUCCACAUUGUGUCCACAUCAAACGCUUACACUGACCUGACACACCAAUUACAUUGACGCUAAUCCAUAUUCAUUGUGUGCUAACAGCUUGUUAUGUGCUUUUCAUCCAGGUCAAAGAGUUUCUCAGUACCUUGUAAACAUCAGCUGAUGACCAUCACAACCUGCCCUGGAGGAGAGCCAGAUGUCAGGAGACAUGUGGAACCUGACACUGUCUUUGACACUUUUUUGUAAUGAAUGAUGUAGAUUAUUUUUAUAAAUUAUCUUUAAAGCAUUUUAAAUAUAUUGCCCUAUAAUGAUUUUGUAUAGCUUGGUUUCACUUUCAUGGCUUGUGUUGUUGUUUUUUAAGCAAUAUGAAUGAGAAGGGGAGAAAACAUGGAUAUGUAUUUUGUGAUUGGUAAUCAUUUGGACUGUUUUAUGAAAACCUAAAAUAAAAUAGGCCUACCAGUAUAAGGGAAC